AUGGGCUACCCCAUGGCUAAGAACUUACGAGCAAAGCUGCCGACGUCAGACAUAUUGACUGUGUACGAUGUGAACACUUCAGCACUUGACAAGCUCAAAUCUGAGUCCUCCUCAGACAAUCUGCAUAUAGCUGCUUCGCCUCGAGAGGUCGCACACAAGUCGGACCACAUAAUAACGGCCUUACCCGAGCCCCAGCAUGUCAAGUCAGUCUUUCAAGAUAUACUCGCAGAGACAAUCCCUUCUCCACCAUCAGAAAAAACACGCAUCUAUGUUGAUUGCUCGACAAUCGACCCUACGACAUCGAGAGAAGUGGCACAGCUGGUCAAGGACAAGAGCAAUGCGGAUUUCGUGGAUGCGCCAAUGUCUGGCGGUGUGGUCGGCGCAGCCGCUGGCACUCUCACGUUCAUGGUCGGGGCCGAUGCAGCGUUGAUGUCUAGGAUUGAGCCAAUAUUGCUUCUUAUGGGCAAGAAGGUGUGGCACAUGGGAGUUCAAGGCACCGGACUGAGUGGAAAAUUGGCAAACAACUAUGCCCUGGCCAUCAACAACAUAGCCGCGGCUGAGGCUUUCAACCUGGGUAUCAAAUGGGGCAUCGAAGCCAAGGCAUUGGCAAAUCUGCUGAACUCUGCCACUGGUAAGAGUUGGCCGUCGGAAGUCAAUCCUCCUGUGCCUGGUGUGAACGAGAACUCGCCAUCAAGCAGAGACUACAACGGAGGAUUUGGUGUAAGUCUGAUGUGCAAAGAUUUGAGAUUGGCCAUAAAAGCGGCAGAUGAGGCUAGUGCGAAGCUGGUGCUCGCCGAAGUUGCCAAGUCAGUUUAUGAACUGACUGAGAAAGAGCACAAAGGCAAGGACUUUUCAGUAGUAUAUCGCUGGUUAGGUGGUAAAGAGUGA